AACUAGGGUUACUCGUUAUCCUUAGUGUUUUGCAGCCAAUUUCGGUCGAUCAAAACCAGUUUCUGCAACCUGUUCGGGAACAACGGCAACGGGCUUACAUGGCCUAAAUGAAUCGUGAACUUAAGCCCAUACAGAAAACAGAGACAAGCUGCCCAAAGAUAGUCCAGAAAGCCCAAUGACCACUAAGAAGAUCACCUCAUCUUCUUCGCCAGCUACAUCAUCGUCCCCUCCUCCACCCACAAGCUGCUCACUGCUUCGAGCUUUCGCCUCUCCUCUUCUCCAAACACAGAUGGCGCAAGUACUGACCAACGCUUUCCUCCAGAUCAAACCCAUCUCUCCUCCGCUGCUCUCCGCCACAAAGGCUGUGGCCGGAAGGAAUGGCGGCGGAUGCGGAGGUCUGCAGGUAACGUGCCGGAAGAAGGAGAUACACCCGGAGUUCCACACGGACUCCAAAGUGUACUGUAACGGGGAGCUGGUGAUGACCACCGGCGGGACACAGGAGGAGUACAACAUUGACGUUUGGUCCGGGAACCACCCGUUCUACCUGGGGAACCGCUCCGGCGUGCUUGUGGACGCGGACCAGGUCGAGAAGUUCCGGAAGAAGUUCGGGGAGCUGACGCAGCUUAUGCAGAUCCCUGUGCUCAAGGGCGAGAUUGUUUUGCCCAGCAGGAAGAAAUCCGGAAAGGGCAAGAAGAAGUAG